CAAAAGCAAAAACCCCAUCUCCUUCCCUGACGCAAAACCAUCGACAUCAAAGCCUUCUUCCUCCCUCACGCCAAACCCUAGUAGCGGAGCCAGCCACGGUGACUGCUCCCUUGCGAACCACCACGAAGUGGGUUGCUCUUCACCUUCAGCCACACGCAGCAACACCAUCACCAUUCACAUAAAAUCCUCACCAUUUCUUAAACCCUUUUGUCAAGCAUCUACAUCAAUGUCUAAUGCUCCAUCAGUUGCAUUGAACUCUAGUUCGCCCGGGCAUGCUACUCCGACGGUGUUGUCCUCCAGUCCUUCUGUUUCUUCUGCAGUGAUAGGGUCGUUCCCGCCUGUAGUAAUUAGACCCGUUGUGCCUGUUGCUCCGCAUCCAUCUAGCGUAGCUGUUCAACCACAACCGUAUCCUUCGUAUGCAACUAUACCAGCCGUUGGUUCUUCUCCUCAACAACUUUGGUUGCCGCCUCACCAAAUGGGUGGAUUUAGGCCUUCACUCUUACCAUAUAAUUCCUCUUUUGCCGGGCCAUUUGGUUUUGUAGCACGUGGUGUGUCUCUUCCUUCCGUUCCUGUCCCAGAUGCACAGCCUCCUGGUUUUACUCCUAUUGGAAAAGCUGGUGCUGUUACUCAGAUGGCACAUAGUUCUGCUAUGAAAUACGAAGUACCUCCUCCUGGAAUUGACAACGUUAUUGCUAGUGUUGGUACCAGUGGUGAGGCUGUUCAUAAUGACCUGUUGGAUGCAUGGAGUGCUCAUAGAACUGAAACUGGGGCUGUAUAUUAUUAUAAUGCGAUAACUGGGGAAUCAACAUAUGAAAAACCCUCUGGGUUCAAAGGAGAGCCAGCAAAAGCAACUGCACAGCCAACUCCUGUUGCAUGGGAGAAAGUGACUGGAACUGAUUGGGCAUUAGUCACCACCAAUGAUGGCAAGAAGUACUAUUACAACACCAAAACUGAGACCAGUAGCUGGCAAGUACCUACAGAGGUGAGUGAAUUGAGGAAAAAACAGGAAGUUGACAGUGUAAAAGAAAACUCAAUAUCAGUGCCAGAUUACAAUGCAGUAAAUGAAAAAGGAUCUGGUCCUGGUACAUUAAAUACUCCUGCUCUCAACACAGGUGGUCGAGAUGCGAUAGCCCUUAGAGCACCUGGCAUUCCAGGUUCAUCCUCUGCCCUUGAUCUAAUUAAGAAAAAGCUGCAUGAGUCAGGAGCUCAGGUUACCUCUUUCCCAACUAGUGCUUCAUCAGGAUCAGCAUUAUUAGAAGUUAAUGGGUCUAAAACAGUUGAGCCUACAGCUAAGGGUUUCCAAGGUGAAGGAAGCAAGGAUAAGCUGGGAGAUGCUGAUGGAGAUGGCAAAAUAUCUGACACAUCAUCAGAUUCUGAGGAUGAAGACACUGGACCUACGAAGGAGGAAUGCAUAGCUCAAUUUAAGGAUAUGCUGAAAGAACGUGGAGUGGCACCUUUUUCAAAGUGGGAUAAGGAGCUGCCGAAGAUUGUGUUUGAUCCACGGUUCAAGGCCAUUCCUACAUAUGCUGAACGUCGAUCAUUAUUUGAACAUUAUGUUCGUACUCGAGCUGAAGAGGAACGCAAAGAAAAGCGCGCAGCUCAAAAGGCUGCAGUGGAGGGUUUCAAGCAGUUGUUAGAAGAAGCAAAGGAGGAUAUUGAUCAUACUACUGAUUACCAUAAAUUUAAAAAGAGAUGGGGGCAUGAUCUACGAUUUGAGGCGUUAGAGCGCAAGGAUCGAGAGGCUCUACUCAAUGAGAGGGUAAUAUCACUAAAAAGGGCUGCUGAAGAAAAAGCACAAGCAGAACGUGCUGUAGCUGUUUCUAAUUUCAUGUCUAUGCUUCGAGAAAGAGGGGAUAUAACUGCAAGCUCUCGUUGGUCCAGGGUGAAGGAUGGCGUUCGGGAUGACAACAGGUACAAAGCUGUCAAACACGAAGAGCGUGGGUCCUUAUUCAAUGAAUACAUAUCUCAGUUAAAGGCUGCAGACAGUGAAGCUGAAAAGGAAGCUAAGACGAGAAAGGAGGAACAGGAGAAAUUGAAAGAAAGAGAGAAAGAACUACGGAAAAGAAAAGAAAGAGAAGAGCAAGAGAUGGAAAGAGUACGCUUGAAGGUUCGUAGAAAGGAAGCAGUGGCGUCAUAUCAAGCAUUAUUAGUGGAAACUAUAAAAAAUUAUCAGGCUUCAUGGACAGAGUCAAAACCUAGACUUGAGAAAGAUCCGCAAAGGCGUGCAUCCAAUCCUGAUUUGGAUGAAUCUGAUUUGGAGAAGCUCUUUCGAGAACAUGUAAAGAUGCUUUAUGAGAGGUGUAAUCAGGACUUUAGGGCUCUUUUAAUGGAGGUUGUAACUCCUGAAGCAGCAACAAGAGAAACAGAAGAUGGAAAAACAGUUCUCAGUUCUUGGUCUACUGCUAAACGGGUUCUGAAAUCGGACCCCAGGUAUGAAAAAAUGCCAAGAAAAGAUAGAGAAGCACUUUGGAAAAGGCACGUAGAAGAUUUGCAGCGUAAGCAAAAAGUUUCUGUUGAACAGAAAGUAGACAAGUAUCAUGAUUUCAAAAGUAGGAAUUCGAAUGGUUCUGGCAGGCCAUCUUCAGCAUCUAGGAGUGGACAUGAUCGAAGAUAGUGCUGUUUUUAUGAGGAUUAUGUUCAUGACGAUCCUUCUACAAAUCAGGCAGUUUUCUGUUGGGAGUACUUCCUGCAAACCAGUGCACAUUCUGUGUCUUGAAUAGUUUUUAGGUUUCAGUGAAUGAUUGAUGACCUUUUAGGUUGAGAGAGAAGCACGUUAGGCAUAACUAAUAUAGAACAAUCCAAGUUUAACGCUCUGCCGACUCUUUGAUGAGAUCAAGAUACUGCAUCAUGUGCAAAUGACCGUCAAAGCAGUGGAGUGUGCACGAGUCUGAUAUGUAGAACGUGUCGGAUAAAGUAAAACUGUAGAAGCUUAGAAAAACGUAGCAGUAGCCAGUAUUAACUCUUCUAUUGGGAAUUUUGUAAUUAUCAGGGGCAGCACAAAAGUUGGCAAACAUUUUUAAGCCCCUGUGCGUUCUUAAAAGUUUUUGAUGGAGAUUGAGCCCUUUAACUUGUUUUAUAUCAGAACGUUCAACCAUUAACUCUAUUCUGAAAUUAUUGAAUUUAUUAAUACCUCUGUUUUAAUAGGUA